AUGCCGCAGCAACUUGCGCCGAAAGAAGCGGCGCAGUUUCGACAGGUCAUCCGCAGCUAUGAAGAUAAACAAUAUAAGCGCGGGCUUAAGACCGCAGACCUUAUCUUGAAGAAGAACCCGAAGCACGGAGACACAAUGGCCAUGAAAGCCCUGAUCCUCAACAGUCAGGGCAAAACCGAGGAAGCAUUCGCUCUCGCCAAGGAAGCAUUGACAGCCGAUAUGAAGUCACAUAUUUGUUGGCACGUCUACGGCUUACUCUAUCGAUCGAAUAAGAAUUUCGAAGAAGCAAUCAAAGCGUAUAAGUUUGCCCUCAAGUUGGAACCUGAGUCAGCGCAGAUCCAGAGGGAUCUGGCCAUUCUCCAAAUUCAAAUGCGGGAUUAUCAAGGAUAUAUUCACAGUCGCAACUCGAUGCUCCAAGCUCGGCCGCAGCUACGCCAGAGCUGGACUGCUCUCGCCAUUGCGCAUCAUUUCGCCGGUAAUCUGCUUGAGGCCGAAAAGGUCUUGACAACCUAUGAAGGCACCCUCAAGACCACACCGUCACGUAGCGAUGUCGAGCAUUCUGAGGCAGUCAUGUAUAAAAACUCGCUGAUUGCUGCACAAGGAGAUUAUGAGCGUGCCUUGGAACAUUUGAAUACUGCUUGCAAGCACAACCUGGACCGGCUGGCCGUAAUGGAGAGCAGAGCGGAAUACUUGGUCAAACUAGGGCGGAAUGAAGAAGCCGCUAUAGCUUAUCGAGCGCUACUCGAUCGAAACCCUGAUCAUCCAAUGUACUACGAGAAGCUGGCGUCCGCGUUGAAAAUUCCCCAAAACAGUUCCAAGGCACGAAAGGCGCUGUAUGACGAAUAUGCAGAGAAGUUCCCACGGUGUGACGCGGCCAAACGAAUUCCUCUAGACUUUCUCUUCGGUGACGAGUUCAACCAAGCAGCGGAAACGUACCUCACCCUAAUGCUGAAUAAAGGAGUGCCUUCUACAUUCGCAAACUUGAAGCAUCUGUACUCUAAUUCGGCUAAAAAGAUCGCGCUAGCUUCCCUUGCAGAAAAGUACCUCCAGUCAGAGUUCACGCCGUCAACCAGUAAGGACAAGGGAGAAGCUGCAGCACUCUUCUUCUUGGCUCAGCACUACAACUACUACCUCAGCAGAGACUUGGCCAAGGCUAUGAGCUACAUCGAAAAAGCUCUUGAGAAGGAUCCCAAGAGCGUUGAUUUUCAUAUGACAAAAGCAAGAAUCCUGAAGCACAGCGGUGAGACUCAGAAAGCCAUGGAAAUCAUGGACAUGGCGCGAAAACUCGACCUCAAAGACCGUUAUAUCAAUAGCAAGGCGGCAAAGUAUCAACUUCGAAAUAACGAGAACGACCGAGCGAUCAAGACAGUCGGCUUAUUCACGCGGGCAGACACCGUUGGGGGGCCACUGGCAGAUCUUUUGGAUAUGCAAUGUGUCUGGUACCUGACGGAAGACGGAGAAGCUUAUGCUAGACAAGGGAACAUAGGCCUCGCUCUUAAACGCUUUCAUGCGGUGGCUAACAUAUUCGAUGUUUGGCAAGAAGAUCAAUUCGAUUUCCACACCUUCUCCCUGAGGAAAGGUCAGAUUCGAGCGUAUGUUGAGAUGAUUCAAUGGGAAGACCACGUCCGCGACCAUCCGUUCUAUUCACGCGCUGCACUCGAUGCCAUCAGCUUAUAUGUGGAAAUGGCAGACAAGGCGUCUACAAAGCGGGUCAAUGGAGCCACCGGUGAAAAUGGAGAUGACGUACUGGCGAAGAAGAAGGCAGCAAAAAAGGCGAAGAAAGAACUUCAGCGUUUAGAGAGAGAUGCGAUCGAAAAGCAGGCCAAGAAGGACCCAAACAAGAGCACUUUGAGUGGUGAAGCUAAGAAACAGGAUGAUGAUCCGUUAGGUUUGAAGCUUGCUUCUACCACUGACCCUCUCGGCGAGGCUAUGAAAUUUUUAAGUCCACUACUCCAGGCUUGCCCCAGAAGUAUCGAUGCUCAGCACGCAGGCUUCGAUGUUUAUACCCGCCGACGAAAACUCGUCCCGGCGCUUCGAUGCCUUCACUCUGCACUGGCAAUAGAUCGCUCCAAUCCUCGGACAAAGACACAACUUUCCAUAUUUGAGUCUAUUCUGAAGUCUGCCACCGAUCUGCCACAAAAGGUGUCAGAAGCCCUCGAUGCCGAAUUUAAAGCACUUUGA